AUGAGCUCAGCAUUCUACUCGUUUAUAAGCUCAAUUACGAAUACGCUCACAUCAAAAUAUGAUAUCAAACACCAAAUAUCGUCUGCUGGAUUGUGGAAGAUUUACCAAGGAGAGCGAAAGACAACUGGAAAGAAAGUAGCACUAUUUAUAUUCGAGAAGAAACUACUAGAUACACUAUUCAGACGAGACCGCGGCUCUUCGAGACAUGAUACAGACGUAGUGUACGAACUGCUCAAGAAGGAAGCCAGCAAUCUAGCGAGGCUGAGACACCCAUCGAUUCUGGAGGUAGUAGAGCCUGUGAGCGAGUCGCGCAGCUCCAUUGUCUUUGUUACUGAGCCUCUGAUGGGCUCCCUGACACACCUUGUCAAGAGCGAUGACAAUUACUCGUCUGAUAAUCAAGCGCCAAGCCUUGAUCUGGAUGAAUUGGAGAUACAAAAAGGCUUGCUUCAGGUGGGCAAAGGGCUCCAAUUUUUGAACGAUGCCAAAGUGGUGCAUCACAACCUCACAAUAGAUGCUAUUUUUGUCAAUGCCAAGGGCGAUUGGAAAAUAGGCGGACUAGGUUUCAGUGUAUUUUUGAAUGCAGGAAAUGCCAGUGAAAAUAUGGGAUAUGACAACAAUGAGUUUAUGCCAGAAGCAUGUCAAAUUAGUUUGGAUUAUGCAGCUCCUGAGUCUGUCUUGGACAACAACAUAUGUCAAGCAAAUGACAUGUUCUCAUUAGGUUGUCUGGCUUACGCUGUGCAUAAUAAGGGCGUCUCCAUAUUAAAGACCUUCAACAGCUUCCACACCUAUGAACGACAGAUCAAAACAAUCCAUGCUCAGACACUUUCCACUCUUCCUGCCCACCUCCAGGAUGUCAUCCGAUCAUUGCUCACUCGACACCCAAAUCAGAGAAUGGAUCCAGUCAGCUUUCAGAACUCGAAAUACUUUGAUAACCUCUUGGUGUCCACAAUGAAGUUCCUGGAGAACUUUCCCGAGAAGACAAGAGAAGAGAAGGCUCAGUUCAUGAAGGGUUUGGCACGCGUGCUGGGUCAAUUUCCAGACCGUGUGUUGAAGAGAAAAAUUCUGCCCUCGUUGCUCGAGGAACUGAAGGAUAAUCAGCUACUGCCAUAUACCAUUCCCAACAUUUUCAUCAUCACGCAAAAGUUAUCACAGCAAGAAUUUUGUGAUCUCGUGCUUCCAUCAUUGAAACCCGUCUUCAAUGUGCGUGAUCCGCCUCAGAACAUGAUUGUCCUGCUUGAAAAAUUAGAUGUAUUUCAACAAAAGACGCCUAGAGAAGUCUUUCGUGAUGAUGUUAUGCCGCUUGUGUAUGCUGCGUUGGAAGCACCAGCGGCCGUUGUUCAAGAAAAAGCUUUGCGGAUCAUCCCAUCGUUGGCAGAAUCAUUGGAUUACACAGCUGUCAAGAGCUCUUUAUUUCCUCGUGUCCAAACGGUGUUUGUGCAAACUACUAUUUUGUCGGUCAAAGUGAGUACGUUGAUCUGUUUCCAUUCUAUGAUCAAGGUGUUGGACAAGUUUACAGUGCAAGAGAAGCUGGUGCCGCUUUUGAAGAACAUCAAGACAAAGGAACCUGCUGUGAUGUUGGCUACCCUUGCAGUAUACGAUGAAGUGGGUAAACUGGCAGACAAAGAGAUCAUUGCAACUGAAAUUCUGCCCCAAUUAUGGAGAAUGAGUUUUGGACCUUUGUUGAAUUUGGAGCAAUUUCAAAAAUUUAUGAAGACCAUCCGCGAUCUUACAAACAGGGUAGAGGAAGCACAUACAAGACACUUGCGAGAAGUGAAAUCAUUGGAAGAGCAAACAAGAAGCGUCAAUGCAUCGUCUUCUGCGUCGUCCCCACAACUAAUGAACCAGGUAGCCAUUGGUACUGAAAAUAAUGUCUCAUUUGAGAGUUUGGUACAAAGUGGUGGUAGUAGUGGAGGUGUAGCUGCUGUCAACAGCGCUUUAGAUAACGACAUGUUUGGCGCUCUUGUAGGCAAGAGCACUGCUAGUGCUCAUGGCACGAUUCCUCAGCAAAAACCUAUCACUGCAAAUCAAACUUCUUCCUCUUGGACUUUGUCUAGUCAGCCUGCUAUUCUACCAUCACCCAUACAGCAAUCACGCCAAGCACAGCCUACCAACAACGGUUGGUCAAGCACAUCUACCAUGCAACCUAUGAAUACCUGGAGCAAACCACUGGCACCUGCUACAACUGCACCUAUCACACCGUCUAAUACUACAACUUCAUCAUCAUCUAUUAACUGGAACACAAAGCCUCAACAGCAACAGAACAAUUGGUCGUCGUCUCCCAAACCAAUGUCAUCACCUCAACAGCAGCAACAACAGCAAAUUCCAUCACUCGCAUCGCCUCCUUCUUUUGCUAUGAACCAAAUGUCUCUCAAUAGCUCUAUGAAUCAUAAUAAUGGCAAUGCAAAUUACAAUGCGCUGAGAUCGAUACCUACAAGUAAUACACAACCACAACAACCACCAAUGAUGCCAUUGUCAACUAGUAUGGGGUUGUUGAAGCCUGUAUCAUCACCGUCGAUGACUCCAAUGAAAAGCAAUACACCUCAUGUUACAAAAACAAACUUGCAUGCUUUUGAUCCUCUUGGUUAA